AUUUCGGUAUACACGCUAAAUUCCCUGCGUAAUUUAAUUCAUUGCUCACAGACUCACAGUAGCAUUUCUUUAUAAGCACACGAUCGACCAAUCUCCAUCGAUCUCAAGUGGAAAGAGAGUUGAUUUAGCUGGUUUAGUGUUGUGGCAAGAAUAUGUCAGGUGCUGAAAGAGACCAAGGGGAGAUUGUCAUGGAGGAUGCUGAAAAGUCCUCACCAACACCACAGCAGGAAGAGGCAGUUGUCAAGAAAAAAUAUGGAGGAAUGAUGCCCAAGAAACCACCACUUAUUUCUAAGGAUCAUGAACGAGCCUAUUUUGACUCUGCUGAUUGGGCUUUGGGGAAGCAAGGUGCAGCGAAGCCUAAAGGACCACUUGAGGCUCUGCGGCCAAAGUUACAGCCUUCACAGCAGCAGACCCGGUACCGCAAGUCUCAGUAUGCACCAUCAGAAGGAGAAGAGGGACAUACACCACCAUCGGAAGAUGCAACUACAAACGAAUGAGAAGCAACUGGUAAUCCUCAAGGCGGGAAGUCCCUCCAACAUUAACUGCAUCCCUCACUAGUGAAAUAAAAUAUGAAAACAUAUUAUUCUAAAGAGAGAAUGCAUGACGCAUCUAACAUAGCUUGCUGCUGUAUUUUGAGGUCUUCCUGAUCCGUAACUGUUGUAGCCUAUAUUUCCUUUUAACUCUCUGUCACCGAUGAGCUACAAUAUAUGUUGCAAAACUUAACUUACGUUUGUUAUUUGUGCCAUUGUUAUUGCUGUCUGUUUAGUGUUUAAGCACGUUGAUGUUGUUGAA